AUGUCAUCCCACGGCGGUGCUGGCGCCCUCACGCGCCCCCCGGCCGCAGACAUACGGUCGGCGUGGAAGGCACUGUUCUCGGACCCGAUGCUGAGCGCGUCCAGCCUCAAGGCUGAGGCGAUGGGUGCGGGACUGGGUCCGGCAGGAGCAGACGGCGGUAUAAUCCUGCGCUCCGUGUACUGGCGGUUCUACCUCGGCGUACUGCCGCCGCCGGACGACCUGGAUCACUUUCCGCCCGCGCUGGCCUCGGCGCGCAGAAGCUACGAUGACCUGCGCGAGCGCUUCCUCGUUGCUCCGGACGGGCGCUGGGCUGAUGACUGCACUGGUGGCGAGGGAUAUGCCAUCAGCUCUCCCGAGACGGCGUGGGUUGACCCCCUAAGUCUGGAUGGCGAAUCACCUUGGAAGACGUGGUUCGCAUACUUGGACCUCCGCGCUACGAUCCGGCAAGACGUCGAUCGCACCUUUCCCGAUAUCCCUUACUUUGAACAAGAACACGUUCGGCGCGCACUCACGACAAUGCUAUUCCUGUUCGCCAUCACCAGCCCCGACGUCGGGUAUCGCCAGGGUAUGCACGAAUUACUGGCGGCGUGCCUCGUGACUGUCGAUCGCGACUCACUUGUAGCUGAGCCUGGGAGGGCGCGCGCUUCACCCCUCCUCACUACUCCCGCCGCCGUGCGAGACGAGGCAAUGGUCGCCACUCUGGAUCGCCAGUAUACUGAGCAUGACGCGUUCCAGCUCUUUGUCCAGAUCAUGAAGCCUGCCAAGGCGUUCUACGAGUGGCGCUCUGAAGAGGGCAGGCCACAAAGGACAGCCACCACUGAAUCUGUGGCACCCAUCAUUAAGCGAUGCUCCCAUAUCCAGGCACUACUCAGACGGGUCGAUCCACAGCUAUGGGAGCGACUCGAGACGGAGGGAGUUGAACCACAAAUAUGGGCCAUCCGCUGGAUCCGCCUCAUCCUCACACGAGAGCUGCCGUUUGGCAAUGCCCUCCGCCUAUGGGACGGCAUGUUCGCUGAAGACCCGACGCUAGGAAUUCUCGACUAUGUCUGUCUUGCAAUGCUUCUCUUGAUCCGUAACGAACUCAUUCAUGCCGACUACCCUACGCUACUCACUCACCUCUUGCACUAUCCAUCACCUUGCGACACGUACCCAUUCAAGCCAGCACUUAUCCUCUCACAGGCCAAGAUCCUACGGUCUAAUCCAACUUCGGCGUCUGGCGCCGAGGUCGUGAUGCAGAACCACGAGAUGCUCGGUGUCAACGCCGGCGGUCCCGAUAUCACCGACAACCCGAUCGACCCCGAGGCCACGACUCCAACCUCGCUCUUCUUUAGCAGAGGCACGCUCCCAUCGCCGCGUCCCGGGUCUGCGACCCGUGGUAAAGCACGAGCGGGAGUGCAGGGGCUAGCACAGGGGCUGUUUGAGCGCGCACAGAAAGCCGGACUAGACAAAGCGUUCAUGUCGACGGUUAAUGACUUGAGGAGCUCGCUCCCUGACGGCACCUCUGCCUACUCAUUCCUCAACUUUUCGCCCUCACAGACCCCAAGUACCCAUACAUCCGGGCCGUACUCGUCGAUUCCAUCGUCGACAUCCGUGCUUCCGCGCCCCGUGUUCCAGAAGGAGCAGAGCGAUGACACGGCGUCCAUCUCGUCGGUCAAAUCCUUACGUGACGCGGAGAGGCAGCUGGCCGAAGUGCGCUUGGCCAUGCUGGGCAUGGGCAAGGCGAUGUCGGAGUGGUUGACCGUGUUGCGCGAGGGCAAAGAGGGGCCUGAAGCCGCUGAGGCGUGGGCAGGUCUCGAUCGGGUGCGGGACACGCUACUUGAAGCCGCGGGCCAGGAAGUUGAUGACCUGGUCAAGGACUGGGCGUGGAACGAUGCGCUUGAUGCGUCUCGUAGCCGCUCGUCUAGCGCCCAGCCGACCCCUGUAGAGGCUCAUUCGGUCUCUUCACUGCCACUCCCGCCGCCAUCACUUUCGCCGCCGCGGACGGAAGAAGCGCAGAUUACGCCCAAGGCCCAAACGUCGGCACGCUUGACGGAUAACAACAACCUCCCCGCGCCGCCUGGGCGGACGGGGCCCCAGCUACAUCUCUCGAAACGGCACGACCAGCCCGCGCCGGGCCUAACGCGCACGCUGCACCACCCACGGCCAUCGCUCGGCUCCAACCCGGCCCGACGGCUCUCCAGUAACCUCGCGUUGGACGCGUCCCAGCCGCAAGCUAGUAGUCAGGCGGCGCGGUUAGCCUCGCCACCAGCCUCGAACUCUCCACCGCAGGAUAUCGACCCGCUGGCGGCCCUUGGCGUGGAGGGCGUGGAGGCGAUCCCACUGGAUCAAGCUCCCGAGUCGCGUCGGCGUUCGGCCAUAUUCCGCGGCAACCCGGGCGGCGGCGCGGGAACGAGACCACGUAUGGCCGCCGGCAGCGACCCGCUCGGGGUGCACCUGUAA